UGUAUUAUCUAACCUCAAAAAAUGGCUUUUAGUGUUUGUAUUUUAUUCAAAAAUAUUUUCAAUUUUUGGAACAGCUUUCCACACUUGAAAGAAAUCUGAUACUGAGUGAUGUUUUUCAAUUAAAGCUGCACAUAUCUCACAGGAAAAUUACAAAAUAAAACUAUGGAAAAGUUAUCUAAAAAACUAUUAGCUUCUAGUUGUCUUUUUUGCGCUAAUUCCUCAACAAGCGUACGAAAAUUCAAAAUAACUGAAGAUUAUGGUGGAGGAAAUACCAUACGAUAUGACUUGACGAGUUUUCUCGGCCACCAGAUCGAACCAUAUUUGAAAGAUGAUGAUCUUCUAUGCAGUAACUGCAUGAACUUUUUUGAAAACAUGGCCUACACAAAAAGGAGACUCAUAGACUUUUUAAGAAAUAGGGAUGAAUCAGAAGAUAUAAAAAUGCAGGGUUUCAGUGAUAUAUGGAAGGGAUUCAAAAAAUUUGCAGUGAACUUGGUUAAAUUUAAUCCUAAUGAAUCAGAGGAGAACUGGGAUUCAACUGAAGUAUGCGGUAGAAGUUUAACACCUAAUCCUUUAGUUCAUACAUACUCUGAACCAUACAACCAAGCAUAUGAGAAAGAAUUUUCGGAAAUUGAAAGAGCUAGAAGUAAAUCAGUUGUUUCACAUUGGGAUGGAAGGUCUGAGACAGACCUUGAACUAAAGCAAAUUUUUUCGAGAAGAGGCAGGCGUAAAAAAAGAGGUCAUAAUUGGACAAGACGAAGGGGUGAACAGAAGUCAAGGGCACUUUCUAGAACAUAUCCUGCUAUUUAUGAUAAUUAUGAAAGGAACUGUUAUACUUCUAUGACUACAAUAAGUCAUGCCUCGUCAGACAAAUCUGCCGCUAGUGGAAAAUCAACAUCGUCCAGGAGAAAAAGAAGAUUAGUUGAAGGAAAACCUGUCAGAACACGUUCUGUUAGCCGACUGGAGAAUUACCUAGCGAAUGUGACUGCCGAAAAGGAAUCAAAUAAAUUCUAUUGCGAAGAAAUAAAUUGUUCUUUAUUUUUUGAAAAACUUGAGAAUUUCGUUCUGCAUAAACGAUACGACCACAAUAUCAUCGCAAGGUUUCCUUGUCAACUUUGUCGGUUUAAAGGGACAACUAGGCAAGAAUUGGAAAUGCAUCAUUCUAAAUUGCACGAUAAAGAAACUAUUUUGUGUUUCCAAUGCCGAGCCGAGAUCCAAGGAACGUACAAUUUACAGGAACAUCUCAAGAAACAUCAGGAGUACUCGAUAGGCUGUAAAUUCUGCUACCUGAGUUUUCUCUCUAAGGCUGAUUUGGUUGAGCACGUAUCAAAAGAUCAUCAAGGGAAGAGGAAAAAGGUUCACGAGAAGCCGAGUUUUGUUCUUCAGACAAUCGUGAAUAAAGAAAAAGUGUUGGGUGAACGGUUUAAAACUAACAAUAAUAACAGUUUAAGAGAUAAACACAAAGAGUUUAAAUGUAUAGUGUUGAAUGUGGAAAAAUCCCCAUCUCCCGAACCCGUGCUACGAAAUUGUAGGACCCCAGUUGCCCCCUUCACUUCUACACCAGUGGCGAAUAGUGAUAAAUCUCCCUUUUUUACUGUGAUAAGUGGCGGUCCAGAUGUUGAGGGUACAAUAAACGACAUUUCAAGGACGGAAAUAACAAGCGGUGGAGUGACGAACGAUGGCUCGUUGGAGCCUCAGAAUGUGCCGGUAAGUUCCGAAUCCAUUUCAACAAACUCUGACUCAAUGCACAAGAAGGACAGUAGUGAAAUUUUGGAGAGAUCCGAGAACACUUCGACUUCGUGUGGACUCAGUUCACAGUUGAGCCGUUUGGUCCCUGUUGUGAUUUUAGAGAGAUUAGACUUGCAAAAAUAUAAACCUAAUUCAUAGUUUUCAUCUGGAAAAUUAUCAAUGUCUCUUGUCUUGUCAUUCCGUCUAACUUUUUUGAAAUUUCUUUUUGAAAAUAAAUUUUUCUUUUUCAGUUAUAGGAGAAUCUGGAACCUGUAUAUAUAAUAUAAAAUAAUGUCUAUAGAUACGAUAACCAAUAGUUCGUAGGAACAAAAACUUACAUUUCGUUGAGUCAAUAACUGUAUAAAUUCUUUAUGAUGAGAAUAUUUCCAUCAUUUCUUUGAUAUUAUUCUGAUCUCGUACAAAAUUGUUUGGAGGAUAUUGAAAUGAACCCAAAAAUGAAAAAUAAUGGAAAAUGGAAAACCAAGAUGGAAAAUUCUCUGAUUUAUUCAUGUUAUUAUUUUGAAUGUGAUCAUAUUGACGUCAAAAUAAGCAAAAGUACAAAUUUAUAACGUAAAAAUAGGAGAGUUUUUCGUUAAAAUAUGUUCGAAUAUGAAUAUUGAGAACAUUGAACUUAAAUUUUUUUCAGUCUCCACGUUUUUCAAUAAAUUUUAUUUAUUCAC